CUUGUUUCAAACUCCUCGAAGCCAUGAAGCUGUGUUUCAUCAUUGGGUUGGUCACUUGUCUACUAUUACUGGGCUCUGCGAGCUGUGACCGUCUGCAGGACGAAAUUAAUAACCUGAAAUCGCACUUUGAUACAAGCAGUCAUGAGGUGGCUGACGGUGGGCCGCUAUUUUUGAAUAUGCUGGAGAAGUGGAAGCAGGGCUCGCCUGAAUCGGGGAUUGUGUUUCAUCGGAUACUACUCUGGUACGAAAAUUUCUUUAAAAACAUCAAAGGGGCUCCUGGAAAGAACAAGGAACUGGACAUUAGCAACAUUGGGAAUCUCAUUUCUAAGUGGAUAGUAGAGGACAGAUACAAACCAGUGGAACUGAAAUAUGAUCUCGAUAAAUUAGACAAUAUUCAGUGGAAUAAACAAUUAGUCCAACGCAAAGCAGUCCUUGAACUUGAAAUGCUACUACCAAGAAUGAAUGUAAAUGGGAGAAGAAGACGCAGAAGCAACAUGGGAGGUAGAAGGCGAUCAAGGACUUAAAGAUCACUUUAGUUCCUUUAGUUAUUAACUUAAGUAAUGCAAGACAUGUUUA